AUGCCGAAACUCCGCUUCCUGAUCACAAGUGCCGUCACUGGUACUGCAAAGGGGAAGUACCUAAACCCCUCUGCCAUGUCGAACGUUUUAAGACCAUAUCUUGCCGCGGUUAGAUCAACUCUAACAGCUGCUCUAACCUUGGAGAACUUUGGCUCGCAGGUUGUGGAACGACACAAUAAACCGGAAGUCGAAUCCGCGUCCUCUAAGGAAGUCCUCCUCAACCCCCUUACAAUAUCGCGAAAUGAAAACGAACGCGUCCUGAUUGAGCCUUCAGUCAACUCGAUAAGAUUAAGCAUCAAGAUCAAACAGGCGGAUGAAAUUGAACGAAUUUUAUGCAACAAAUUUACCCGUUUCAUGAUGCAGAGAGCUGAGAGCUUCAUUGUGCUGCGGCGGAAACCAGUAGCGGGUUAUGACAUCUCAUUCUUGAUAACCAAUACACAUACGGAGACCAUGCUUAAACACAAAAUUGUCGAUUUCAUCAUUCAAUUCAUGGAGGAGGUCGAUAAGGAAAUCAGCGAGAUGAAACUAAGUCUGAAUGCCAGAGCGCGUAUUGUUGCUGAAUCGUACCUGACAGCGAUUCAAGGAUAA